AUGUCGCAUGACCAGAGUUCUGCUAAGUCGUGGCAUCUGUUUACAUCUGAAGAUAUGAUACAGGGUUAUAAACCAAAGUCUGUAAGGAAACGCAAGAAUAGUGCUGAGAAAGAGAAUAUUCGAGGGAAUUCUAAUAAAAGAUUUACCUACCCAUUCAGUCCACUGACGCCUACUUCUCUCGAGUCUGUUAUUUCUAACUGUAAUCAGGAAGGUCGUCAAUCCAUCGUGUCACCUACAGAUUUAAGUAAAAGGAGUAGUGUCUACAAAACACCCGAAGAUGGUCUCUUGGCGUCAAGGACUCCACUAUCUAACAUCACUAACAGAUUGGAAGAUAGUAGUACUAUAAAAGGCGGAAGGCCAUAUAGUGGCCUUUCAAAAUUUAAGGCACCCGAAACGAGCAGGACUUUGUUUGCAGAAGAUGAUCAUCCUUCUGUUGAUAAGCAAAAGUACUUGCGCGAUGAUGAUAUCGAGUGUUCUACUGUGCCUGAUCCUUUUUUUUCGGAUUCUUCAGAUAGUGAUUAUUUAAGUGGUUAUUCGAGUACUGAUGACGAGUACAUUCCUGGCAUGGAAUUGGAUUCUGAUAGUGACACUGAACAAAGGUUAAAUUCAGCAAAGGAAAAACCGGUACCCGAAGAAUAUGUCAGCCUUGGUGCUCCAGAAGCCAUUUGUUCAAAAUGCAAUGCGCGGUUGUGGAAAGAAGAACGCACGAACAAGAAUGUGACGAAAGGAAUUCCAAUUUUCUCAAUCUGUUGUAAGAAGGGUAAUGUUGUGCUUCCACCAACUCCACCAACUCCUUCUUACUUAAUGCAUUUAUACUCAGAUAAGGAAUGUGGUCCUGAAUUUAACCGUAGUAUCAGGCUAUACAAUGCGAUGUUCGCUUUUACUUCGAGUGGUGGCAAUGUUGAUCAUUCUAUCAACAAUGGCCGAGGUCCUUACAUAUACAGGCUCAACGGUCAGAACCACCAUGUGUUUGGUCAGUUAAUUCCGGAUGAUGGCAAAGAGCCGGCAUACUGCCAGCUCUAUAUUUAUGAUACAACUAAUGAAGUAAAUAAUCGCCUCCGCUGGGUUAAUGUUGCUGAUCAGCAGAGUGUUGACACUGAUGUCAUUGAAGGACUGAUACAAAUGUUGGAUCAGACAAAUGAGUUGGUUGCAAAAUUUCGGACGGCGAGAGAUCGCUGGGAGUCAAAUGACCUGGUGGAUCUAAAAGUAGAGCUGAAGAUUUGUAGAUCACAAAGCGGACGAGAGAAUCAUAUUUCAACAUCUGAUGAAGUUGCAGGUAUAAUGGUUGCCAGUUGUGGCAACACGACAGCUGAGCGUGACAUUAUUGUUGAGAAAAAAUUUGGUGGCUUACAAAGAAUAUCAUAUAUUCAUCCGAAACUCAUGUCUCUACAAUAUCCGCUGCUGUUUCCAAAUGGAGAGGAUGGAUACCACAAUCGGAUACCCUUUCAAAAUGCAGAAGUAGGUUCAAGCAAGGAGAAAGACAUGAUCUCGAUGAAGGAUUACUAUUCGUAUCGAUUCCAAGUGAGAGACAAUGAAGGUUUAACCCCGAGGCUUGGUGGAAGACUAUAUCAGCAGUAUAUGGUCGAUGCUUUUUCUUCUAUAGAGCAGACGAGAUUAUGGUGGUUCCGAACACAUCAAACUGUGCUGCGCAAUGAGCUUUAUACCCAUAUAUGUGACUCUAUUAGAAAUGGUGACGCACAGUCGAGCAAUGUUGGUAAAGGUGUAAUUCUGCCUGCUGGAUAUGUUGGGUCCAAGCGUUACAUGCAGCAGAAUUUUCAGGAUGCUCUAGCAGUGUGUCGUCACGUCGGACAUCCCGAUGUGUUUCUGACCAUGACCUGUAAUUCUUGGUGGGAUGAAAUCCAGAAGAUGAUGCCUUAUGUACCUGGGUGUAUUCCUUCAAAUUGCCCAGAUAUUAUUUCAAGAGUUUUCCGGUUGAAGCUAGAACAACUAACCAAUGACAUUAAGAAGAAAUCGCACUUUGGCAAAUGUGUUGGAGUGAUGUACGUUGUUGAGUUCCAAAAGAGAGGCUUGCCACAUGUACAUAUGUUGGUUUGGCUUGACGGUCCUUCUAAGAAGUUUUUAAAAGAAAAUGUUGACAAAUUUGUGUCCGCUGAAAUCCCUGAUCCGGAUAUUGAUCCUCUUGGUUAUGCUGCUGUCAAAGGUUACAUGAUGCACGGCCCAUGUGGACUGCAGAACCCAAAGUCUCCCUGCAUGAAGAAUUUCAAGUGCAUUCGACAUUUUCCAAAGAAGUACUGUCCAAAAACUGUCUUCGAUGACAGUGGUUUCCCGCUCUAUAUGCGUCGGAAGCAGAAAAUUACAGUGCAUGUUCACAAAGCUGACUUGGACAAUCAAUGGGUUGUCCCAUAUAACCGGGAUUUAUUGGGCCAUGACACUGCGACUGUUGAGAUAACUGGGAGACGGAGAAGACAUAAUAACCAUGCCGCUGAUCAGCCAAUUGAUGAAAUUCAAGCUUAUUUUGAUGGGAGAUACGUUUGUGGUGCUGAGGCUGCAUACAGGAUAUUUGGAUUUCCUAUACAUCAUAGGACGUUGUCUGUGGAAAGGUUGCCAUUCCAUUUACCUGAUCUGAAAAACUGCACAUUUCAUGCUAACGAGCCUCUUGAAAGAGUCGUUGAGCGGGAGAAAGAAAGGGCAAGCAAAUUAGAGGCCUUUUUCAUUCUCAACAAAUCUGAUCCUACAGCCCGUAAACACACCUAUGACGAAAUUCCACAACAUUUUGUGUGGAAUGACGGUCUUAGAAGGUGGACUCCCAGAAAAAGAGGCAUGCAGAUAGGACGUCUGUCUUAUACUCAUCAUAGCAGCGGUGAAGUAUGGUACCUGCGAAUGCUCCUUACUAAAGUUCGAGGUCCUACUUCUUUUGAAGACUUGAGAACUGUGGAUGGUGUACUAUUACCAUCUUUCCGUGAGGCGUGUAAGGAAUAUGGCCUGCUUGACGAUGACAAAGAAUGGCAUGAUGUUUUAAAUCAAUGUUCAAUUGGUGGACUCCCACCACAAAUACGCCAGCUUUUUGUACAUAUCAUUGUCAACUGUAAGGUCACUGAUAUCGCAAGCCUUUGGAACAACCACUGGAAGCAGAUGGUUGACGACAUUCUGCUGCAAAGACGAUUGUUAAGUGAAAAUCUGCACUUACAACUCAAUGAUUUGCAGCUGCAGUUCUAUGCGCUUGCCGAAAUUGAUGACUUGCUCCGCGCUAUUGGUAAAAGUUUGAAAACCUACGUCCAGCUUCCACAGCCACCGUUAAGUUACUUGCAUCAUGGUACAAAUAACCUCAUAAUUGAAGAAACCAAUUACAACCUUGCUGAGAUGAAAGCCGAGCAUGAAGAUCUGUUAUCAAAAUGCAACCAAGAGCAACUCAAUGUUUAUAACCAGGUACUCAGCUCUGUUCAUUCUAAUAGAGGUGGUUUGUUCUUUGUUUAUGGAAGCGGAGGAUGUGGUAAGACUUUCCUGUGGAGGACUCUAAUUGCCAAAUUACGAUCUGAAGGUGAAAUUGUUCUUCCUGUUGCCUCUUCUGGGAUUGCUGCCACUCUUUUACCUGGUGGUCGGACAGCUCAUUCGCGCUUCAAAAUUCCAAUAGUGCUUGACGAUUUUUCUCUGUGCAAUAUAGGUCUCAAUACUGAUAUAGCUGAGCUUAUACGUCAAACCAAGCUGAUUAUUUGGGACGAGGCUCCAAUGCAGCAUAGAUAUGCUUUUGAAUGUUUAGAUAGGUCUCUCAAGGACAUUAUGAAAGUUGUUGAUCCUGUUCGCGGAACAUUACCAUUCGGUGGCAUUACUGUUGUUCUUGGAGGUGAUUUUAGACAGAUAUUACCAGUAAUAGCACAAGGAGACAGAGCUGAAAUUGUUUCCGCAUGUGUGACUCGCUCGCGUCUUUGGUCUAUUUGCACAAUUUUUUUGCUAACGAAGAACAUGCGACUUAACCAAGGAAAAUCUCAAGAGGAAAUUGAUGACCUAAUUAAGUUUGCACAGUGGGUACUUGAUGCAGGUGAUGGGAAACUCAGUUCUCCAGACAAGUCUAUCUUUCCUAAUGCCAAAGAGGAUGAUAUAUUUGUCCCAGCACAAUUUUGUGAUGUGGACAAAGUUAACACAGUGGAGAACAUGAUAUCAAGUACCUUCCCGGAUUUUGCUGAGAGAGGCAGUGAUCCAAAAUACCUCAGUGAGCGAGCAAUUCUAACUCCUACAAAUCAGACUGUAACUCAUUUGAAUGCACUCAUCGUUGAGAAGUUGCCCGGCAUAUCGGUUUCAUACUUCAGUGUGGACAGUGCAGAAGAUUUUGGAGGAACUGAAGCUGAAAUGAAUUCAGCUUUCCCAAUAGAAUAUCUUAAUUCUAUUAAUGUUCCAGGUAUGCCUCCUCACGAUUUGAAGUUAAAAGUUGGAGUUGUGGUUAUGUUAAUGCGGAAUCUCAACCAGACCCUAGGAUUAUGCAAUGGAACAAGAAUGAUAAUCACCAAGUGCUUGAAAUUUUGUGUUGAGUGUGAAGUUAUAUGUGGCUCUUUUGUUGGAACAAAACAUUUCAUCCCACGUAUGGAAUUAUGCCCAAGCGACACUCGCAUGCCGUACAAGCUAAUUAGGAAACAAUUGCCUUUACAAGUAUGCUAUGCAAUGACUAUAAACAAAUCUCAAGGUCAGUCACUGGAUAAAGUUGGAUUGUUUCUUCCAAAAUCAGUUUUUACCCAUGGCCAGUUCUACGUUGCUGUUAGCAGAGUUACGUCUCCUCAAGGCUUAAAAAUUUUCAUCGACAAUGACAGUGGUGAGCCUACAAAUGUUACACAGAAUGUGGUCUACAAAGAAAUCUUCUACCAAUUACCAAAGAUGUAG